AUGAAAGUAUCAAUAACCCAUAGCAAGAGGCUCUUGGAAGUCACCGAAGAUGAUAUCACUUUCACGGAGGAGGACGCAGACGAAUUGCUGCUACCGCACAAGGACGCACUGGUAAUUUCUUUAAAUGUGCUAGAUUAUAAAAUUAAACGUGUUCUAGUGGAUCCGGGAAAUUCGGCCAAUAUCAUACAAUUGAGAGUAUUGGAGCAAGCUAAACUCAUCGGAAGCAUCAUUCCGGCCACGAAACUCCUCGCUGGAUUCAACCUUGCGAGCAUAACAACCCGAGGAGAGAUUUUGUUACCCGCGAACGCCGAAAUGAAAGUUGUACCAUCAACAUAUCAUCAAUUGCUGAAGUUUCCAGCGCCCGAAGGAGUUAAACAGAUAAGGGGCAACCAACCAGUGGCACGGGAGAUGAACGCAAUUUCAGUCUCCAGUAGCGAAGGGAAGGGACACGAGGCAUAG